UGAAUCCCUACUGCUAUAUAUCAUGUAUUCUUUCUUGUUCUUAUUGUCAGAAAUAGGCUUAAGACUCCAUCUGCAAACACCCCAUCCCGUUGAGAUCAUUCUUACUACGUCCACAAUCUCAUUCUCAAGCUCAUUUAAGAUUGCAGAAAGAGAUGGAAGCAACAAAUUCAGAGAAGCAACAAAGCAGAGAUGAUGUUGCGCUUGAAAUCAUUGAACAUGGACAACAUGAAGACCUGACGGCUUCCAUAAGAGCGAAACUAGAGGCCAUUUCUUAUCCAUGUAGUAUCUUUCAUAUCCCAAUUGAGUUUUUAAACCAAGGUAGAAAUGAUAUUUAUCAUCCUAAAAUGGUGUCAAUUGGUCCAUUUCAUCAUGGAAAAACCCAUUUACUACACAUGGAACACCACAAGUGGGACUAUCUAAAUGCCCUUUUAAGUAGACAACUUACAUUAGACUCCACCUUAGAUAAAUGUGUUCAAGAUUUGAAGAUAUUAGAGCCCAAAAUUAGAGCAUGCUAUCAAGGCAACCUUCGUUUUCAAACUGACGAGUUUAUAAAAGUAAUUCUUGUCGAUGCUUGUUUCAUCAUUGAGCUGUUUUUAAGGUAUAGUAUUAGGGGUUUAAGGAGAAGAGACGAUCCACUGUUUAGAUCACCCCAAAAGUUCCAUAUUUUGAGGAAUGACUUGAGUUUGUUAGAAAACCAAAUCCCAUUUUUUGUUCUUCAAAGGAUUUAUUGCCUUGUCCCACUUCCAAAAGAAUGGGAAAGAUUAUCGGUUUCUGAGCUUAGUUUAAAGUUUUUUAAGCCUAUGAUUCCCACAGAUGUACAACUCAUACUAGAGAAGUACAGCUUUGAAGGAAGUAGCCAUUUGCUUGAUUUGAUAUGGAAGUCUUACCUCCAUUCUUUCUCCAAAAUCCCCAUGAGUGACGGCUCUGGCUCAGGAAGAAAUCUGUUCAGCGCAUCAAAACUAAAAGAACUACAAAUCAAGAUAAAAGCAACAGAAGCAGAGAGUAUUUUGGAUGUAAAAUUCAUAAAAGGAGUACUUAUCAUCCCGAGUUUGAAUAUUCACAAUUAUAUGGAGGCUUUAUUUGGAAACUUCAUAGCAAUGGAGCAUUACCAUGUUGGGAAGAUGAAACAUAUCAGUUCCUAUGUGUUCCUAAUGAAAGGCCUCAUUGAGUCCGAAAAGGAUGUCAAUCUAUUUUUUAAACGAGGAGUUUUCAUAAACUACAUCGGGCAGAAAGAAGAUAUAGUUAAUAUGUACAAGAAUUUGUGCCAACAUAUUGACUUGGACAGGUUCUAUUAUGAGGGGAUGUGGGAACAACUAAUGGGAUAUACAACAACAAGGUGGGAUGUUUUACAAUAUAACUUAAUUUGCAACUUUUUGAAAACCCAACGUGGAGUUUUUAAAGUUACAUUCAAAGUUCUAAUAUUAAUUUUUUUAUUGAUUGGGAUUACUGUUAUUGUACUUGUUCUUUUUAUUACUCGUCAUCAUCGAUGGUAA